AUGAAUCUUUCCCUUGUCGACCCUUUUGUUCUCGCCCAGGACUAUCCAGAAUCGACGACAAGAAGCCUCCGCAGCGGCCAUGCGACCUGUGUACGCUUCAACAGGAAAGGCGACUUCCUCGCUGCCGGACGCGCAGAUGGGACGGUUGUUAUAUUCGACGUGGAAACCAACGGAGUAGCACGGAAGUUGAAAGGACACACACGGCAGGUCCAAUCGCUAAGUUGGUCGCGCGAUGGUCGGUAUCUGCUUACCAGCAGUCAAGAUUGGAAAUGCAAUCUCUGGGACCUGCAAGAGGGACGUAUAUUACGGAUGGUACGAUUCGAAGCUCCGGUCUAUAUUGCAGAACUGCAUCCUUGGAAUCAGUAUGCCAGUCCGCGCUGUUUGGGGAGAAUGAAGCUGACUUGGAACAGCUUAAUGUUCGUUGCUGCUCUCUUCGAAGACCAGCCUCUCCUCGUUGACAUCUCGAAUCCCCGUGUCGUGAAGAUGAACAUCCCUACAGCUCCCAAGCGGACCCAAUUUGAUGGGGACGAACCGGUCAACGAGAAGCAGGCUGCGCUCGAUGCUAAGCAAUGUACGACCGUUGCGGUUUUCACUGCGACUGGGGAUCAUAUACUAGCGGGGACAAAUAAGGGCUGGUUAAACGUUAUCGAAGUCUCAUCACGGACUACUAUUUAUUCUACGAAGAUUACUGCAGGUGUGGUGGUCUACCUGCGGCUCACGAGCUCAGGACGCGAUGUGGUUGUCAAUGCCUCAGACCGCAUCAUUCGCACUAUACCGCUACCUAAUUUCUCGGCCCCGGAUCUGGACCCUGAUACGAUUGAUAUUGAAGUUGAGCACAAAUUCCAGGAUGUGGUCAAUCGACUGAGUUGGAACCAUGUGGCUUUCAGCUCGACGGGGGAAUAUGUUACAGCAAGCACAUACAACAAUCAUGAUAUUUAUAUCUGGGAGCGGAAUCAUGGAUCCCUGGUCAAGAUCUUGGAGGGCCCCAAGGAGGAACACGGUGUUGUGGAGUGGCACCCCCAUCGGGCAUUAAUAGCUGCCUGUGGCCUGGAGUCUGGACGCAUAAAUAUCUGGUCCAUCAUCCCACAACAGAAAUGGUCAGCCCUUGCGCCAGACUUUGCCGAGGUGGAGGAGAACGUCGAGUAUAUCGAGCACGAGGACGAAUUUGAUAUCCACCCGCAGGAGGAAAUCCACAAGCGGAGAUUGGAUCUCGAAGAUGACGACAUCGACGUCUUGACGUGGGAGCCUGUGAAAGCCAACAUCAUGGAAGAGGAGAAUGCUUUCCGGAUGCCGGUCCAACUGGAUUUGAUGGACAGCGAGAGCGAAGAGGAGUUCGUUGCUGUGGGCAGAGGAGAGAUGCGGAGGAAGAGUCCGACGGCUGGGACGGACUAUGCCCUCGAAGGGGAUGUAAGCGCAGAUGAAAGCCGGAGAAAAAAGGGCGGGCGGAGACGAUAG